CCCAGGUUUUCCUUUGCAUCAGACAUUCCUGCUUUCCUUCGCUUAACUGGGCUCAGUAUCAUUUGUGGGUUCACAUCAGUGCACUUGGGUUUGAAAACAACUACAUGGAGCAUUACUGAGGUGGUUUCAGUGCGGGUUGUAACAGACUGAAAUGGAUGAAGGCAGCGUUAGGAGGAGGAAGGAGUCGCAGAAUGGCUCCACUGGCCACAGCGUGAACUCUCAGGCUGAAGACAAGCAGCCUGUGAAAGCCACUGUGCUUCAAAAAGAUGUUGGUCUGCUGAGCGGCGUCUGUCUGAUUGUGGGGACUAUGAUUGGCUCAGGCAUCUUCAUUUCUCCCAAGGCUGUUCUGCUGUACUCUGGAGCUGUGGGACCCUGCCUCCUCAUCUGGGCCGCCUGUGGCGUGUUAGCCACUCUGGGAGCCCUGUGCUAUGCUGAGCUUGGCACCAUGAUCACCAAAUCUGGGGGGGAGUAUUCGUAUUUAAUGGAGGCUUUUGGCUCCCUCAUAGCCUACCUCUACUCAUGGACCACUGUCAUGGUGUUGAAGCCCUCCGCCUUCGCCAUCAUCACACUGAGCUUUGCAGAAUAUGCCUCCACUCCUUUCUACCCGGGCUGCGCUCCUCCUCUUGUUGUUACCAAGUGUCUGUCAGCAGCAGCUAUAUUAUUGAUUGUCACCGUCAACUGUUUGAGCGUCAAACUGGCCAACUACGUGCAGAACUUCUUCACUGCAGCCAAACUUUUCAUCAUUCUUGUCAUAGUGGGAGCCGGCAUUGUUAUAUUGGCACAAGGAAAAUCCAAGACUUUGUCAAAUGCCUUUGAUGGCACCUCAUCCUCUGUUGGAACAAUUGGACUUGCGUUUUACAACGGGCUUUGGGCUUAUGAUGGAUGGAAUCAACUGAAUUUCAUCACAGAGGAGCUGAAAGACCCAUUCAGGAACUUGCCACUGGCCAUUCUCAUUGGGAUCCCUUUGGUGUCUGUUUGCUAUGUGUUGGUCAACGUCGCUUACUUCACUGUUAUGAGCACCACUGAACUGCUGUUGUCUCCAGCUGUUGCCGUGACUUUUGGAGACAGAGUCCUUUACCCUGUGUCUUGGAUUGUCCCAUUUUUUGUUGUCUUGUCUACAUUUGGCUCUGCCAAUGGAAGCUGCUUCACUGCUGGCAGACUGGCCUAUGUAUCUGGCAGAGAGGGUCACAUGGUGAAAAUCUUAUCCUAUAUUAGUCUGAAGCGCUACACCCCGUCUCCUGCUCUCAUAUUCAAUGGUAUGUUGGCUAUUUGCUACAUUAUCCCAGCAGACAUCAACACCCUCAUUAACUACUUCAGCUUUGCUCAGUGGGUGUUUUACGGUCUGACUGCCCUGGCUCUUAUAGUGAUGCGUUUCACCAGGAAGGAGCUCCACAGACCAGUGAAGGUGCCAAUAGUUAUAGCAGGCCUAAUGGUCGUGGUGUCCUGCUACUUGGUGCUGGCCCCCAUCAUUGAUAAGCCAGAACUGGAGUACCUCUACUGUACCAUCUUCAUCUUCAGUGGACUCCUCCUCUACUACCCUUUCAUCCACCUGAAAGUCAACUGGGCACGCAAACUCAUGAGGCCCAUCACCAUGCAUCUCCAGCUACUGAUGGAAGUAGUUCCUCCAGAGAUAUCUGCAUGAGAAGGGGCAGAAAUGACACCCAGGUCAACUUCAACUGGUUUCCUGUGCUAGGAAACAUGUCAAGCCCCCUUUGGCUAACUGUGGGCUGGAAAUGUGGGACCCAGUGUGGGUCAGAGCCAAAAAUCAGAGCUCACAUCUGUCUGAAUAGCUGCAUGACAAAAGUAAAAGUGGAUGUAGUGUGUUCACAAACCUGUGUGGCAGGGUAAGAUUUGUCAUUUGGGUGCAGGACUGAAAAAAAUGAGGAUCCCUGUAUAUAUAUAAAAUUAUAUAUAAUAAUAUACAUCCAAAAGUCUGAGAACACUAGUCAAGAUACUUCUAUUUUGAAUUUGUUUCAAAUGUAAUACUAUUUUUUUUCAUUACACAUGAUAAUAUCAGCUUAACAAUGUGAGUGAAAAAUUGAAUCUUUGAAAAGAUAUAUGAAUUUCAGAAUAUCUCAGUAUUUGAUAUGCCCCCCUUUUGCUUUAAUGACAGCAUGCACUCAAGCUGGCAUGGAUUCCACAAGUUUUAGCAAAACCUGAUGACCCAUGUUAUCCCAGCAUGAUUUGACAAUGCUCCAAAGAGCUUCGAAGGUCUCCUUUGGUCUUCAAGUAGUUCUUUCAAAUCUUUGAGGUGAGUUUGGGGUCAUUAUCCUGCUGUAGUAUGAAUCCUUCUGAUGCAACCAGAGGGUACAGCAUGUCUCUGAAGAAUGGAGUGGUACUUUUCCUUGGUCAGGGUGCAGUCAAUUCAGUGUCCAACUCCAGAGUAGGCAAAACACCCCCAGACUUCAUUCCCACCACCAUGUUUCACUGUGGGUUUGAUACACUGCAGUAUCGUUCUCUCUCCGGUUCGUCUCCACCCCGAUCCACCUUUCUGUUACCGCCAUGAAUCUCAAACUUGGAUUCAUCGGUAAAUAGGACUUUUUUCCAGUCAUCCACUGUGAAAUGCUGGUAUUUCUUAGCCUAUGCCAAGCGUUUGGCCUUGUGUCCCCUCCUGAGAAGUGGUUUAGAAACUGCUACUCGUCCUUUUGCUGAUUGGAGUCUUGCGUUUUUUAUUUAGCAAAUUCUGUAUUUGUGAUGAAGUUGCUUUUCUAUCUCACAGGGAACUAAGCUUGAUGUAUUGAUCUUCUGAUGGUGUGGUCACUUCUGGUCUGCCUGCUUUGGAUACAAUUGAUCCAGUGUUUUAGAGUUCCAUGCACUGCCCCCUUAGAAACCUUUAGUCAAACCAUGAUUUGAUGCCAACAAUUUGACUUCUGAUGCUUUCACUUAAUUCUGAUGCCAUGUUUCCCAAUAUAACAAUGCUUCUUAGUAAGCAAUGAUCGGCUGGCACAGCCAUAUUUAUAACAUAUGAACACUGGCUGCAAGUUGAGUUACUUGAACAAGCCUCUGAUGAGUAGAUCAAAUCCACCUGAGUGUCAUCUGAACGCAUGCUUCAGUGGAAGAGAUGCAGUUCAAGGAUAUCUGAGCUUUUGUGCAAAGGAGUUAAGUUGGUCAGUGCCACAGAUUUGCUUAAUUUGAUUGCUGACUGAUAAAUAGUGCAGAAGCUUUCAGAAUAUUUCUUCUUCAUUUUACCUAUCUUAACUUUCUGAAUCCUCAAACUUUCUGAUUAUUUCCAUGUUUUCGUGAGAUUUUCAAUGUGGUCUCAGACUUUUGGACCUCACUGGUAUACUGUAUAUAUUUAAAAUAAAGGCAUAGCCUAACUACAAUUGAAAGAUCUGGUGUUUACAAGAUACACAACUUGUUAUUACAAAUAUAACCAGCAAUUAUAGGAAGCAUUAAGCAAUCAGUAUUUCACAGCAUUUCUUCAUGUAGUUGAUGUGCAAUACAGUUUGUAUUGGGGCAAAGAUCACUUGAUCUAGAGCUGCUAGAAGAUUUAGAUAUGCAUGAAUCUACACUUGAACAAAGGGAAAUGGUAAACAUUUUAAAUGCAGGACAUGACCACAUGAAGGCUUCGCAGAUCAUGCAAGGAAGUGAUGUGGAAACAUUUAUUUUUGUUUCUCCAGAGGGUGUAAGCUAACAGAUCAGAUUUUCCUUAAUGAUGUGUGCGUAUUAUUCAAUAAUGCUGUCUCUUCUCUCUUUCAGACUGGAUUAUACUGGAACUGUGCUGCAUUGUGUUACCUAAAUGUAUCAAUCUUGUUGAGUAGUUGACAUGAGAAAUAAACAAUUUGUGAUUCCAGCAAA